AUGUCACAAACCGACGACGCAAAGCAUGAAGAUGAAAUCCAAUAUGGCUCCAUGAGAGUAAUUUGUGAAGAGUUGGAAGAAAAGUAUCCAAACCGGCCAAGGAACCACUCAAAGACAUUUGUAUUCUCCGAGCUCUUUCGAGAAGUCUUCAACCCGCUCAAUGAAAACAAAAAGCAGAAUGCCGCGGGUGCAGGUCCUAAAAAGGCAUUUCGUGGUGUGAACAAGCUCUCUCCCCACGAACAGCGUCGACACAUCGUUGACCGUUUCAUCACUCGAUGGCGCAAAGAAGUUGGUCCUGAUUUCUAUCCUGCCUUGCGCUUAAUCCUUCCAGAUAAGGAUCGUGACCGUGGGGUUUAUGGCCUCAAAGAAAACACUAUCGGAAAACUACUCGUCAAGCUCAUGAAGAUUGAUAAAAACUCCGAAGAUGGUUACAACCUUUUGCACUGGAAGUUGCCUGGCCAGACAAUGGCAUCUCGACUGGCUGGCGAUUUUGCUGGACGUUGUUUCGAGGUCAUCUCGAAACGACCAAUGCGAACUCAGGUCGGCAACAUGACUAUUGCCGAGGUGAACGAGCAGCUGGAUAAGCUUGCUGCUUCCACGGGAGAGAUGGAAAAUCUACGUGUGUUUGAGACUUUCUACCAUCGCAUGAAUGCUGAAGAGCUUAUGUGGCUCAUUCGAAUCGUCCUCAAGCAAAUGAAAGUAGGCGCCACGGAAAAAACUUUCUUAGAUCUUUGGCAUCCUGAUGGCGAUGCUUUGUUCAACGUAUCGUCGAGCUUGAAGCGUGUAUGUUGGGAACUCUGGAACCCAGACAUUCGUCUCGAACAGGAUGAGACAGGCGUUGCUCUGAUGCAAUGUUUCCAACCUCAGCUGGCUCAAUUUCAGAUGCCUGCCUCUUUUCAAAAGAUGAUCGAACUCCUUCGACCGACUGAAGACGACCCCGAGUUCUGGAUCGAAGAGAAACUAGACGGUGAGCGCAUGCAAGUGCAUAUGAUCCAGGACAAGAGCCACCCAGGUGGCAGGAGGUUUUGCUUCUGGUCACGAAAGGCCAAAGAUUACACAUAUCUUUACGGUGACGGCCUUCAAGACGAAACCUCAAGUCUUACUAGACAUCUCAAAAAUGCAUUUGCACCAGGCGUGAAAAACCUGAUUUUGGAUGGCGAGAUGAUUACUUGGGAUAUGGGUGUCGACAAGAUAGUGCCUUUUGGCAGCCUCAAAACAGCCGCAAUUUCUGAGCAGCAAAACAAGUCGGAUACAGACUCAGCCGGUCACCGUCCUUUAUUUCGAGUCUUUGACAUACUCUACCUGAACAACAAGCCCCUAACACAGUACACCCUAAGGGACCGACAUAGAGCCCUGGAAAAGGCCAUAAAACCCGUACAUCGUCGACUCGAAAUCCACAACUACAACAGCGCAACGAGUGCCGAUGCUAUAGAACCUCUUCUUCGUGAAGUUGUUGCCAAUGCUUCCGAGGGCCUUGUUUUGAAGAACCCACGGUCCAUGUACCGCCUCAAUAGUCGAAACGAUGACUGGCUCAAAGUGAAGCCGGAAUACAUGUCUGAGUUUGGAGAGUCUCUUGAUUGUGUCAUUAUUGGUGGCUACUACGGCACAGGAAAACGGGGUGGCGCUCUAUCAAGUUUCAUGUGUGGACUACGUGUCACGCAGAACCAUAUACAAGCUGGUGCGAAUCCUGAAAAGUGCUUCAGUUUCUUCAAAGUCGGCGGCGGCUUUCGCGCAGAGGACUAUGCGGAGAUCCGACAUCGAACAGAAGGCAAAUGGAUCGAAUGGGAUCAACAAAACCCACCGGCAGAGUAUAUCGAGCUGGGAGGAGGAGAGGCCAGGCAAUUUGAGCGUCCAGAUGUUUGGAUUCGACCUAAAGAUUCCAUUGUGGUCUCGGUCAAAGCCGCCAGUGUUGGACCUUCGGAACAAUUCGCUCAGGGGUUCACUCUACGAUUCCCCCGGUUCAGACGUCUUCGACUGGACCGAACCUGGAAUACUGCUCUCUCGCUUGAGGAAUUCCAAGAGCUGAAACAGCGUGUCGAUGAAGAAUCAAAGGAGAAGGCGAUGACGGUUGAGGAUAGGAAGCGACGCAACCCCAAACGAAUCAAAAGAGAACUCACCAUUGCUGGAGAUGAUAUCACCGUUCCCGAGUUCAUGGGAGAGGCGUCAAAACUGUUCGAAGGUCUGGAAUUUUGUGUUCUUUCUGAAGCACUCAAACCCUACAAAAAGACCAAAACUCAGCUUGAGACCAUCAUCAAGGAGAAUGGCGGCGUCAUCUCUCAACGAGCGGUAGCCGGUACGAAUAUGGUUCUUAUCGGCGACAAAAAAGUUGUGAAGGUGGCAAGUCUCAUAAAAGGAGGAGACGUAGACAUCAUCCGUCCCAAAUGGAUUAGAGAUUGCCUUGAGCAGGACUUGGGCGCGUUUCUUCUGCCAUUUGAGGAUUCGCAUCUAUUCUACGCAACCGAUGCGUUGAAAAGUGCGGCGAGCCAAAACACAGACCAAUUCGGCGACAGCUACGCACGCGAUCUAUCUAUCGAAGAGCUUAAACAAGUCAUGGACGAUAUGCCAAAGAUAGAAGACGGCAUACCAUUCGACAAAAAUGAAUUCCUGCAACAACUUGAGGAACAUGGCAAAGAUCUAGGGUCCUUGAGAAGCUUUACCUUUCAACGUUGUGUUGUGCUACUACAUGCCGUGGAAGCUGGCGAUAAGAGGAUCUCGAGACUGAAGAAUCUUGUUAGGUUUGGCGGAGGAAGUGUCACAGAUGACGCAAACGACUCAUCCGUGACUCAUGUGGUGAUACAAGGCGAUGACCCAAUGCAAGUGGGCGAGGCAGCCGAUAUGAUACGCAAGGAGUUGAGCUCAAGGCAUGUACAACCAAGAGUGGUGAUAUGGGCUUGGAUCGACGAGUGCUGGAAAGAGAGCACGUUACUUGAUGAAGAGCAAUUUGUGAUCCCGUAA